AACUGCGCUCUGUCAAUCAUCCAAACAAAGUUCAAUGUAUACAAACAGCAGCGUCCAGCUUUGCGGUGCGAAAUGGCGCUAAUUACACGAGAAAUAAAUAAAGUUUGCCGACUUUGCUUGACCGAGGACGAAGUUAUUCUGUUUCCCGCAGCGAAACUGAUCGACUCCACGCUGACCGUGGACGAUAUCGAGCGAUUUACCGGUGUGCGGAUCUGCGAACAGGAACGCUUGCCGUACGUCGUGUGCAUCGAUUGUAAUAACAAGUUAAGGAAGUUCAUCGCCUAUCGUGCUUUCUGCACAAGCAAUGAUGUUCGGUUUAGGAAAUGGUUUGCGGUAACUCUUUCGGACGAUUUGAGCGACCCGGAUCGGACUAGUUCAUCGCUCAAAGCCCUCAUAAAGGAGGAAUUGACCGCUGAUCAACGCGAAGCCAGCAAACGUUACAGUCCUAUCGACGAUUGUAACGAUCAAGCGUUCGAUAGUAAGCAGAAAGUUCAAGAAAUUGAACAGGGCGAACAAAGGAUAGAAGAUGCUACUGCCCUAGAGGGUACGGAUAAUAUCGCCAUAGAUGAUGAGGAUCUGGGUCUUGAGCAGGUACUUUUGAGCGAUAAGUUGACGCCUGAUCCAUUCGAGACAAACAAUACCCUGCCAUCCACCCACCAAAGCGAGCAGCAACGGAAGCAACGGCGAAGGGUUACAGCAUCGCCCGCUGCCAAAGACAAACACGCCACACGGGACAGCCAGGAGCAGGACAGCAAAAAGCAUGUACCGGCCAAGCAGCUGUGCCCGCUGUGUGGCAAACUGGUGCACUCCAUGGCAGACCACAUGCUGUCCCAUACGAAGGAACCGAAGUUUUCCUGCCAGCACUGCCCGAUGACGUGCAGCCGCAAAUCGUACCUCAAGCUGCACGUGGACGCCGUGCACAAGAAGCGCAUCAUAAAGAGCUGCGAAAUGUGCGACAAAGGCUUCAGCUAUAUCGAAUCGUAUGAGGCUCAUAUGCGAUCGAAGCACAACUACGGAGAAUCGUUUGAAUGUACCAUAUGCAACAUUAAAUUUCGCCAUAAAGGCGGAUUGCGGGGUCACAACAAUCGCAAGCACAACGAUCAAACCAACUGCUCCUGUGACAUUUGUGGCAUGAAGUUUCAGGACAAGAGAGGGUUACGCGCUCAUGGUAGGGUACAUUCGGACGAGAAACCCUUUGCCUGCCAGUUCUGCCCGAAGCGCUUCAAGAGUCCAAACGCGCACAGAACGCACGAGCUGAUCCACAAGGGCGUUGUAUUUCCGUGCACGAUGUGCGAUAAAACGUACACGUACAAAUCGUUGCUCAAUAUGCACGUGAAAAAAUGUCACAUCAAGCAGGAGGAGAGUGCGGAAAAUUAACUCCAGAGGUUUUGUUUUUCCGGAGUGGUAUGACUCCAUGUGAAUAAUAGAAAGGAUGUGAAUUUUUAUUUUAGUGGAAUAUUGUUAAAUGUUUGACAAAACUCUGAAAUGCGCUGAAGUAUUUUCCACGUAACGCCCGUAAUGCAAAAUGCCAAGACAAACCGUUUUAUCAAUAAACAAACGCCAAUAAUGAAAGUGAAAA